AUGUCUGGCACUACUCGGGAUGAUGAGGAGUUGCCUGUCAAUCACACAGGUCCAAAAGGUGUAAUUAAUGACUGGCGAAGGUUUAAGUUGGACAGUGUGGAUCAGAGUGUCCCUCAAAACAAGCGGGAGUUGCUCAGACAAAUGUCCAGUCCUCGAGAAGAUGACAAGGAAAGACUCAACAGAAAGAUGAAAGUUCAGGAGUAUGAACUGAUCCAAGACGAGGAUGAACAUUGCCUGAAACGCUACAGAAAACAGCGUAUGCAGGAAAUGCGUGAGCGCUUAAGCUUUGGUCCCAAAUUUGAAGUCGUCCAUGAGCUUGAGAGUGGAGAAGAUUUCCUGGAGGUCAUAGAGAAGGAACAUCAGUUAACCCUAGUAGUAGUUCACAUCUACCAGCACGGUGUCCAAGGCUGCGAACAGCUGAACUUAUGUCUGGACUGCCUGGCUUCAGAGUACUCCACUGUUAAGUUUUGUCGUAUUGAUGUUGUGGCGACAGGUGCUGCUGAGCACUUCUCCUCUGAGGUCCUUCCUGCCCUGCUGGUCUACAAGGCGGGUGAGUUACUUGGUAAUUUCCUGGCGGUUACCAAACACUUCAAUGAAGAGUUUUUUGCAGCAGAUGUGGAGGCGUUUCUCAAUGAAUAUGGCCUUUUACCUGGGACAGAGUUCACAGUGUGUGCUAAUAAUGAGGGUGAGGAUGUGGAAUAG